AUUGAGUAUCGAGUAGUCAAAGAACGACAUUAUGAGCUGUAACCUGGGACUUCCUGAUCCUCUUACUUUUAUAAACAGCAAGGCAGGGCAGGGACCCGUGAGCAGUCCGAAGGCCAGCUGUAUCUGCUGGAGGAUGAAGCCGUUUCCUACUGCCCUCUCCUUCCUCAUUCUUGCAGCUGCUCUCGGAUUCUGGGCACAGAUCAUACAUGCAACAGAGACAAAAGAAGUUCUGAAGGCAAUGGAAGGACUUGAACCUCGAGUGUUUCCCAGGGGAUUUGCUAUAGCUGCAGACUGCUGCUACUCCUAUGCCUCACGGAUCCGGUGUUCAAGAUUUAUAUAUUAUUUUCCAACCAGUGGUGGGUGCAUCAAGCCAGGCAUCAUCUUUAUCACCUAUAAGGGGAAGCAAGUCUGUGCCGAUCCUAGUGAUCAAGAAGUUCAGAAGUGCAUAGCAAGCCUGGAGCCAGAGCCAUGACCACAGACCUACAAAGUGUCUUGAGAAAAAGGGUGAAUAGUGCUAGCCACUGUCUUCCCCAAUUACUGCUUAAAAAGCUCUGAGUGUUUGUCUUUAUAGAUAUAUAAAACAUUCAUGUUUCUGUUCUGCUUUAAAGCAUCACAUCUAGCUUUGUCACAGAGGGGAAACUUGGCUGUGCCAUGGCUGGUGAUCUGAAAACUGAGAAGUGUAUGAAAGGCCUGAAGCUGACCCCAGUGACUGCACAUAACAUUUGAUUAAGAUAAAAAGGGCAAGGGCUGGAGAGAUGGCUCAGUGGUUAAGAACACUGCUUGUGCUUUCAGAGAUUCUGGGUUCAAAUCUCACUAACAUGGCAGCUCAAACUAUCAGUAAUUCCAUUUCCGGGGGGGGAGGAACUGAUACCCUAUUCUGCCCUUUGAUUAACAGUAUUUACAGUAUUUUUAAUGAGUUCAGCUUACCCUGGCUAGAACCAUCUUGAGCUGUCACCAUCAUGACUGUGCCAGAAAGACUCUUUGAGUAUUCCUGCAUAGUUUCUCAUAAGAUUACUAGUGGAUAAACUGUAAGAAUGGUCUGUGGGCCGUUGGAAUGCAUCUGGCUCUGAUAUUUCUCUAAGGCAAGCCAGGCACAUUCAACUAGGAUGAAAUCGAUUCUGCCUUAGCCCGUACAUAUGCCUGCCUUUGUGAGGACCCAGCUGAUCUUCCUGCUACCCGAGAUCAGUACACCCACCAAUAAAGGGUAUCGGGAGCCCAUCCGUGCAGCCACAGGUCCGUCUGCCUCUUCUUCUUCAGUUUCAUAAGACCGUGGGCUGAAAUUGGGCUGUUGGGGGGAAACAUAUCUCACUCACCUUGAAUCUGCAGUAGAAGAGAAACAGAGCCAAUCAUGUAACUUUGGAUCUUUUCUUUCAAAACAAAAGAUAUAAUUUUUAAGACAACAUUUUUAAGGUGCUAAGAACACAGCUUAUUCCAAUGCAGACUUCAUAUCGAAGGUGUAUAUUCCCACUACUGAGGGAACCAUUAAACUGAUCUAAAAAUCUUUGGAGGUUGCCCUUGUUUGAUGGGGUCCUCAAUUCUCUUCCAUUGAUCAGUUUGGUUUUUUUUUUUAUCAUGCUAUCUUUAUUACUGGGGCUCUGUAAAUGAUAAUCCCUUCAGCAGGGUUUCUGUUAUUCAGGGAUUUGGGGUUAUCUAAGACAUUUUGUGUUUCCAUAUGAAUUUUAAGAUUGUUUUCAAGUUCUGUGAAGAACUGCAUUGGAAUCUUGAUGGCGCUUGCAUUGAAUCUAUGGAUUAUUUUUGGUCGGAUGGACAUUGUCACAAUAUUAAGCCUACCAGACUGCGAGCAUGGGUGGUCUCUCCAUCUUCUGGGGUCAUCUUCAAUUUCUUUCUUCAGUAUUUUAAAGUUUUCAUUGUACAUGCCUUUUGCUUUAUCGGUUAGGUUUAUUCCAAGGUAAUUUUUUGUGGCUCUUGUGAGUGACAUAUUCCCCCUGGCUUCUUUCUCAGUGUGAUUGUCAUCUGCACAUAGGAAGACUACUUAUUUUUUUAUAUGUACAUGCUGUAUCCUGACACUUUGCUGAAAGUGUUUAUCACUCUGGGAGUUUUCCAGUGUAGUCUUUGGGGUCUUUUAUGUAUAGAAUCAUAUCAUGUGUAAAUAAAGAUAGUUUGACUUCUUCCUUUCC